AUGGCAGAGACAGAGCCGUUGCUCGGGACCGGUAUCGGCCAGACGGAAACUCUCGCGAGAGAACCAAAUGCUGUCGUCGAUUUUGACCCCAAUGGUGAUCUGGAAAACCCCCUAGACUGGCCGAAGGCGUUCAAAUGGGGUAUCGUGGCGCUUCUGGCUUUCAUGGCCUUCACUGUGACAUUUACGUGCAUAUCAAUCGUCCCAAUUGCAAGCGCGAUCGUGGCAGAUCUAUCCGACGGAGAAGGCAGUAAAUCAGCCAGUGUUCUGCUCGUUACGAUUUGGGAGUUCGGCGAGGCGGCUGGUCCGCUGUUCAUCGCGCCGCUCUCUGAGAUCUAUGGACGAUAUCCAGUGCUGAAUGUUGCCAACAUUCUCUUCAUCGGAACCAUUGUUCUCAGCGCCCUCUGUCAAAGCACAACCUUGUUCAUUGUCACGAGAGCUUUAACAGGCGUGACUGUCACAUCGAAUGUGUUGAACCCUGCCAUAGUGGGAGACAUGUUUGCCUCCGACGAGCGAGGCACGCCCAUGAGUAUCAUCGCGAUGGCGCCGCUGAUAGGCGGUGCUGUUGGGCCUGCCAUUAGCGGUGCAAUCGCGCAGAGCUUGGGCUGGCGUCAAGUUCUGUGGAUGAGCGCUGCAUUGGCGACAGCAUGCGAGAUCUUGUUCCUCACCUGCUUCAAUGAGACAUACAAGGUGCCUAUCCUGAAGCGAAGAGCUGCGAGACUGCGGGGAGAAACAGGAGACUUCUCAUUGCGGACAGCUUUUGAUAGUGAUGAAGAAAAGAAGUCUAGAAGGAUGUGGGAGUCUGUAAUGAGGCCGGCAGACGUGCUUUUCGGUUCUGGAGUGCUUCUGUCCCUGUCGCUUUUCGGGUCUGUGGCAUUCGCGUAUUAUUACAUCAUGUCUGUGACUUUGUCGGAUAUCUUGCAAGACAUCUACAAACUGUCUCCCGCUUUGACUGGAUCAUCGUUCAUGUCUUUCAGCGUUGGUUCUCUUAUCAGCAUCAUUAUCUGCAACUUGAGCCUUGAUAGGAUCUACAUCAAGCUUCGCAUCUAA